AUGGACAAGGAUAUCUGCAGUGCUAGCUACAACUUCUCAAUGAGAAGUACUCACACAUUUGGCAAUGGUGAUGCUGCGCCUUAUAGAUUGCAAUCAAUCUCAAGGGAAAGUAGAUCUUUUCACGGAGGGGAUAUCCAAGAAGGUGCCGGUGGUUUAGUCUUUGCUACUUCAUUUGGAAAGAAUCUCGGGCAGGGUUUCUAG